GAUCCGUAGCAACGCUUCGUAAGCACUCAUUUGGUUUUCAGUCACGUAUUUGUGAUUCAACGGUCUGUUUUAUGAGUCGUUCUUACACUUAAUAUUUAUACAACAUUCAUCAUUUGUAUUCAUUGAUAUCUCGAUUGUAUGCCUGAAAAUCGUAGUACGUCGAGAAAGCAAUGAGAACGGCAGAAAUAACGAGAAACAAAAAGAAAAUAGCAAUGAUUUUAGUAAAGUAGAUCACGGUGUGAAGCUAUCCUUCUGUUAAAAAGCGUCAAGCCAAUUACUCGGGGAAUCAGGUUCAAUUAAAAGGCGAGCGACAAUCGUCACGAUGACUGCUGCUUACACGAACGAUUCUACCCAGGAACAAAACGUAGAAACUGGCACUGUAAUUAAUAAAACACUGAACGGCAAGAGAGAGCAAGCGACGCCCGAAGAAAACGUCGAAAUUACUUCUGCAGAAAUGAUAAAGAUUGCAACAGGUGGCCAGGAUCAAGAAAUUUCUACUAAUCAGGGAAGAUCUUCGCUUUGCGUGACGGUCGAUGCAUCGGAGUCUGUCGAACCGAAAGAUCAGGAUACCGUGGAAGACAAGAAAUCUUUCGAGAAUUGUGAACUUUUCGAAAAGAGCGAAGAUACCGAUAAUCAAGAUGCGAUUGCAAACACGAACGAAAUCGAAAACGAAGUGUCGAAAGAUUGUGACUCGAGUGCAUCAAAGUCGAUUUCUAAUUUCACCGUAUCGACGAAAGUUGAAGCUUUCCUCGUCGAGUGUGACUCUCCAGAUGCAAUGUCGAGAACACGUGGAAACGAUAGUUUCAAAUUACAAGAACUAGAAAAUUCUGUGGAAAGCAUUCUCACGGAAACGAGCAAUUUUUCCGAUAAUCUUGAGAGUCGUGGUGGGUCAUUGGAGGAUGUAGGUUUUCAAAAUGAUCUUGAGGAAACGUAUGAUUUGGAAAGUGAACUGAAUUUUCACGAAGCUGUACGUGCAGGGAACGCCAAGUGCAUCGCCGCGCUUCUUGCAAGUGACUCCGUACAAAACCUGGACGAACCGGAUUGGAAUGUUUCAGGUGAUCCACCCCUGCUAGUGGCCGCUACAAAUCAUUGUUUGCCUGUCCUUAGCUUACUACUUGCAAACGGAUGUGAUCCAGCUGUACGUUCCCCUCGAGGUGAAACAGCACUUCACAGAGUGAUCUUGAACGGAGGACCAGGAAAUGUAUUACAAUUCGUGGGAGAACUUCUAAAAUAUGGCUGUCCAUCGGGCGUUAAAGAAGCUGGCGGUGGUCUGACCGCUUUACACGUAUUAACUCGACAAUUAGCUCAUGCUCAAGGAAUCAAGAAUUUACACCAUAACUUUGAAGCAGCAUUGAAAACUCUUGAUUUAUUAGCACACGCAGGUCCUGUAAACGCGAAGGAUCAUCAAGGACGUAGCGCGCUUCAUAUUUUAGCGUCUUCUACUAUCUUCGAUAACAACCACAGAACAGAAAUUGAAUCCUUAAUUGAAACUUUGUUGGCUGCUGGCGCCGAUCCCUCGUUGAAGAACGAUCGAGGAGAAACUCCUUUGCACGAGUGCCUUGAGUGCGGUGCUUUAAACACUGCGUUUUUACUAAUACCUCAUACACCGACUGGUAUAAUGUCACGUUAUGGUGAAACUCCGUUGCACAUUGCCUCUAGAAAAAAUUAUGCCGACGUCGUUGCGAAAUUGCUGGAGCACGGGGAAGAUCCUAGUAUACAAGAUGCCGGUGGUAAUACACCGUUACAUCUAGCUUCUGCGAGAGGUUUCCAUCAAACCGUUUCUUUAUUAGUUACGUCACCACUUGCACAAUUAGAGAAACUGAACGCAGAAGGGUUGACUGCACUUCAGGUAGCCGCGGAAAGUGGUUUUGUUAAUGCGGUAAGACUGUUGUUAAAAGCAGGCGCAGAUCCGAGUCAAACGGUUAAUUAUUGUACAACGAUUCUUCAUCGUCACCCUGAUAUCUCAGUUUUAAUAGAUCAUGAAUUGACCAGACGUCGGCAACUCGCAGCUUGAUUAUUUUCUUUUUUAUUACUUUUCAUUGAAUAGAUUGUACCUUGCAACAGAUUUUAACUUCUUUUUACAUUCUGCAAUAAGUAAGCCAUUCUUGCAGAUUUUCAUACAGUAAUUACGAAUACUUUUAACUUUCAAAAUAAAUGAAUGAACUAGACAAUGUGUCUAGUUCGCUUUAAAAAUUGUUUAAACAUUUCGGUGUUUAAAUAUUUAAAAACAUUGUAAAAAUUUUAUCAUUUCAUUUGGAAGGAUCUACGGCCAUUUUCUGUAAGAACGUUUAACUCUUAUUUUUUUCUUCAAAUUUACAAGAAUUUAUUAACUAACGCAAAUUAAAAUACGUGUUGGGCAGUGUGACUAAUUUCACAACAAAACUAAUCGAAUUUCAUUACAGGUUUUUUUAUUAAUUUUUCAUAGGAUUAAGAUUUAGUUAAAUUGAAUGAGAAGUCGAUUAUUUUGAUAGUUAUAUAAUUAAUAUCUACUGUGUUAUAUAAAGCAGAUACUGAAAAGUUUUGAAUCAUUGUUAACAUUUAAAUUUCUGUGGUGCUUAUUUUUGUAACGACAAACAGAAGAUUAACUUUAAAUUUGUUAUCGUUUUACAUGAUUAGAAAUAUUCUUUCAUUACUACUUUAAAUAGUAAAAUAUGUUAAAUUAGAAAGUUGCAUAAGUUGUCUAUGAUAAAUUUAGUGAAUUUUAUAGAAUAUUUGUAAAAUAUAAAAUUCAAUCAUUUUAUAUGUUCACAAAGAAGUUUAUUAAAAUUGUUGAAAAAUAGUGAAAUCAGACGAUGAUUUUGGAAUAUUAAAAAAAAUAUAUUGAAGUACAAUUCAUGCUUAUAUAGGAUGUUCCACCAACUGAUUUAUCUAAAAUGUCGUUGUUAUUUUAAAUAAUAAAUGAAAAUGUUACGUAUCAAAGUUGAACAGUAUAAAGAAAUACAUAAUAUAGUUUCAGUAAUAUUUUUAAAGAUUACAAAAUUUUCCAAAAUAUUUCAAAGUAACUUUUUCAUUUAUUAUUUAAAACAACAUUGAUAUUCCAGAUAGAUAAAGUUGAUGGAACGCUCUGUAUACAUAAACGUAUUAUAAAACAUUGUAAUUCAUAUGUACAUAUAUAAUUCCUUGUUAUCGAAUUAUAAUUAAUAGUACAUUUUUAUUGCUCAAUACUGUCUAGUAUUCAAAUAAUUCGAACUAGAACAGAAGUAAUUAAAAUUAGAUAAAUGCCAUGAUUUUUGGCUGUGGAUAGAAGUGCCUUUUGAAGACUGUGUGAUAACGAAAUAUACGAAAAAAUAAAAGAUUAUUAUCAACUUAA